GGGUUCAUUACGUAGUCACACGUUGUCGAGCGUAGAACGUAACCGUAGCGUUUUUAGCCUGAGCACCCACCACCGGAGAUACAUACUGUGCCGCACCGGAUUGCGAGAGGUCAGCCGCGCGGGUCAGUGUGCGUGUUCGUUCGUAUUUUGGCGAUGCAUAUGCGCGUUUCGCGGAUCUAGAGUGCAAGUGUUGUUAUUACCGGACGAAAAACCUUCGCCCUGGUCAAGUGGUUCGUCCACCAAAAUAGACCAUCUUAACGCAACACGAGACUUGGAGAAUCUCGUGAGUAGAAACGUGAUUGUUAAAGGGGCGAGAAAGAAAGAAAACCGAUAUCGGAAAAGGCCAACAUACGACGGGUGCUGCUGCUGUUGCUACUGCGUGUAUGUGCACGGUUGUCGAAAAAGUGGAGUGGAAUUAAUGAAAUUACAAUCCAUUUCUGUGGUUUUCAACUGUGCAAGAAACAUGUGUGUGUGGAAGGAGGAAGGAAAUCGAGAGAAUAAUAAUACUCGAUAGUCGACUGUGUGAUUCGAGAAGAGUGAUAGACCGUCGAAGGAGUUGAAGAAAUAAGUGAACUUGGAAACCGGUUUCUAUCCAGUCUUGAUGCGGCUCCUGCACACUCAUUCUCGCCGGGCCAGAUCUUCACAAACGUCAUCAUCAUCAGCAGCAUCAUCAUCAUCAUCGUUAUUAUCGAUUAGUUUGCCGUUCGGAUAGAGUGGUCUCUAUUUCGUCCGAGUCGAGCUGGCUGGAAUUGCAGAUGAAGGAUAUUUAAACCAUCAAAUCUUCUUUAAAAUGAUGAUUCUAUCGCGGAGCACAUCGAAAAGUUUUAAUUUAAGGCAGUGAAUCUACACUUUCUCUCGGUUGUUGUUGUUUUUUUUUUAAUUGGUGAACGGGUUGCGCAGCAUCGCAUCCAAUAGCUACUCGAAACAGGCUCCCAAGGAAGCCGCGCAGUGAACAGAAGUGCGAAGCAUCGAUUUGCGAGCUCCACUUCCCCGACGAUUAUUACAUUUAUAUAUAUUUAUCUAUUUAUUUUAUUGUGAUCUGCUACUAAGUGUUUGAUAAGAGUAGCAAAUUGGGUUUUAUAUUUUUCAUCUUCUGAUUCACAAUUUUGAAGAAAGAGAAAAAAGUGUGGCAAGUGGUGCGCUUUGAAAGCCCGGUGUUCGGUUUAGUGUGAAUGGUAAGAAAGGAAGAAAAUUAAAAGCCUCGACGAGUUUGUGCUUUUUUGGUUACACAAGGAGCAGAUCGGAGCGUGUUAAAAGUGAGUUGCUGUGUGAUAAUUCGCCGCCCUGUACUCGUAGCUGACCCAACGACAACGCGAGGCAGAGCAGGAAGUGAGUCGAGCACUGCGUGUGUGUGUGUGUCGAGUGGGGUCAGUCCGAGCUGCCGAACAGCAGGAAGUGAUUAGCCCACAGAGUGAGGCACGUUUUAGGUUUAUUUUGGCGGAGCGUGUUGGCCGGUGUUGAAUUGGAGCAACUGCAUACAUCAACAAAUACCAUACCACCACCACUACUACUCGCAGACCAAAACAUGAAAAUGGUGUUGUCCCAACGGCAGCGCGAGGAGCUUAACCAAGCGAUUGCCGACUACCUAGGAAGCAAUGGAUACACAGACGCGCUGGAGGCUUUCAGAAAAGAGGCAGAUAUGCCGAACGAGAUCGAACGGAAGUACGGUGGACUGCUGGAGAAGAAGUGGACCUCAGUGAUACGGCUACAGAAGAAAGUAAUGGAGCUGGAGGCAAAAUUGUCCGAAGCCGAGAAGGAAGCCAUCGAGGGUGCACCUACAAAGGCCAAACGUACGCCCACCGAUUGGAUACCGCGGCCACCGGAGAAAUUCGCACUCGCUGGGCACCGAGCAACAGUCACACGGGUGGUGUUCCAUCCCGUUUUCAGUAUGAUGGCUUCGGCGUCCGAAGAUGCCACGAUCAAAAUCUGGGAUUUUGAAACGGGCGAAUACGAGCGGACGCUGAAAGGUCACACAGAUUCCGUUCAGGAUCUGGCAUUUGAUUCACAAGGAAAACUGUUAGCCUCCUGCAGUUCGGACCUGUCGAUCAAGCUGUGGGACUUCCAGCAGACAUUCGAAUGCGUCAAAACCAUGCACGGACACGAUCACAACGUUUCGUCCGUGUCGUUUGUACCGGCCGGUGAUUAUCUACUGUCGGCAUCGCGGGACAAAACCAUCAAAAUGUGGGAAGUAGCCACCGGGUAUUGCGUCAAAACCUUCACCGGCCACCGGGAAUGGGUCCGGAUGGUGCGGGUCAACGUGGACGGUUCACUGAUGGCGUCCUGCUCAAAUGAUCACUCGGUUCGCGUCUGGCAGACCAACUCCAAGGAGUGCAAGGCCGAAUUGCGAGAACACGAAAACACAGUCGAAUGCAUUGCCUGGGCGCCGGAAUCGGCUGCGGCAGCAAUCAAUGAGGCAGCCGGAGCCGACAACAAAAAGGGAGCCCACCAGGGGCCGUUCCUCGCGUCCGGAUCUAGAGAUAAGACGAUUAGGAUCUGGGACGUCAGCUCCGGGCUGUGUCUAUUCACACUUGUCGGUCAUGACAACUGGGUACGGGGCAUCGUGUUCCAUCCCGGUGGUAAGUACAUGAUUUCCGCCAGCGACGACAAAACGCUGCGCAUCUGGGACCUCCGCAACAAGCGCUGUAUGAAGACGCUGUAUGCUCACUCACACUUCUGUACAUCGCUCGAUAUGCAUAAGUCACAUCCAUACGUCAUAUCGGGCAGCGUGGACACGACGGUGAAAGUUUGGGAAUGUCGCUAAGCGAACCACCGUGCAACGUGUGUUUUCGAAGCAGUUUCCUUCUUUUGUACUCGAUAGUGAUGAAAUGAAACAAAUUACAAACACACACUCACACACCAACAUACAGCGUAAAGGAGCAGUAGAAAGCGCGCAGCUGAGCAGCCAUGCGUGUAAGGAGAGGUAAUUCUAUUUGAUAAGCAGCAACUAUUUCAACAACCACAUGCUAGAAAAUAUACACUUACAUUCUACAUAUAAACAGCAAACACAUAAAUAAUAUGGAUAACAAAAUGGAAACUACUACUACUACAGUUGCAGUAAUACACAACUACAAGGAAAAACAUGCAAAAUAUUUGAGAAUUAAUCCAAUUUCUUUCCCCCAUUAUAAACUGAAGCAACAUUAUUGCAAAACCCUCAAGAAACAUUAAAAAAAAAGAAGAAGCUGUCAAACCAUAAGAGAAAAGAGCAAAGUACUCCGAACAUAGCAGAACGCAUGAAUGAAAAGCUACAACAAGCGAAACAUAUUAUCAUAUUAUAUUCUUAUAAUUACUAUUCCUAGAAAGUAGAAAUCAUAUUUGAAACUAAAACAAUGGAGUGUAGUAAUCGAGAGGAAUUUGAUUUGGACAGGGCAUGAAGUUUUAACACACACUCGCGAACGUAAUGGAACGACGAUGUGACUACAUGGAACCGAAUGGACAUCGACGACGACCACGACUUUUCACAGCUAAAGAUGAAUGACGAACCAACUAACUCACACGGAACGAAAACAGGAGAACAAUUUACAAAUGGUCCAGCGAAUGUUUGUUGAUUAUUUAUCUUUUAUUCGUGCAAGAUUCGUACGCCUCGGAAGUCACUCUACGUUUCUCACCAAGCGAAUAAGUUACGUCGUAUCGUCAAAGGAAAAAAAGAAGAUUGAAAGUCCGUGCGAUGGGAUGUCCUGUUCUUUUCAAAAUUGUUUCUUGAAAUGGCGGAAAUGUACUAGAACCGAACUAUGGUGUCACUCGUUGUGCUGGAUUUGGGUUUUGUUCUAUCAAAACUAGAUGUAUUAUGAUCAUCUAGUUCCGCAACAAUUGUAGUUGUUUAAAAUUUGCAUUUUUUUUUUCAAUUCUGAAUUGUUUUCAAAAUAAGCAAAUGUUCCUUUCCCAUGUUAAUCUAGUACUGCCUCAGAAGGAGAAAGCUGCACCAGCAUUGGCUCCUUUAACCCUACUGCUGUUUUGCGAUUUACUAAUGUCCUGUUUACGUGGUUUGUGCUGUUUCAUUUCUUGUAAAUAUUACUAUUUCUAUAGUUGAAGACUUGUAGCUCUAUUUUGAGAUGGAGUUUAACCACAUAUUACGCAAACACCUUUAGUAAGAUAAUUAUAUAGUUUUCAACCGUUCAACCGCACCAUUUUGCCACUGCUAGUGAUAGUAGACGAACUAACAACAACUGUCACCGAUAAUCCUAGUGUGAGUAUGAGAAUAGUGUGAUCGAGCGAGCAACUGUGUGAUUCAAGAGACGACGAACGCGCCGAAAAUACACGUAGAAGAGAAUAAUCUUCAAAUACAUUCAGUCCAUUUUGUAAAAAGUUCACCCAUUAAUCUACUACAACUACUAAUUGACUCACACAAUACACACUUCGGGGAAUACGAGUUUACUGAAAAAAAAAAUUAGGAGCGAUUAGAAGCGAUGGUUAUUAAAUUAUUAAUUACAAUUAAAGUUAGAAUAACAUAAAAGUGAAACAAUAAAUAUUAGAUCCAUAGCUGUAGCUAUCCGAGGAAAAGUGAAACAAGAAAACACUGAAUUCUUAAGUGAAAAUGUUUUAAUUGAUGAAAUGAAGUAAAAAUAACAUAUAAAUAAUGUUGCUUAAAAUUGAUGAGUUGAUUCUCUAUUUAUAUUUAAGCUUGCUAAAAAGUAAACCUAGAACAACAACAACAACAACAAAUAAACCACUUCUUACUCGUUCAUGUAUGGUUUUGAAACGAUUCCUUGCUGGAAAAUGGUUAGUUUUUAGAAUCCAGAGAAAGAGAUGAUGCCACGAUAUUUUUCGAACAAUAUUCCCAGCUGAGAGAAAGACAUAGGAAAAUCACACGCUCACGCAUGAACUUAUCUACGUAGCAUUGCUGAGAUUCUGCUUUAUGAACGAACACAGAUAUUUCCAACUAGUAGUAAAAGUGCCGCAUGAUAGAAUCAUAGCUUGUUUUUGUACCAUUUUUUGUUGCAACACCGCAGCAGUCCCAGUCCUAUUUUCCGCUCCGUGGAAAAGCAGAAGGGGAUCUUUGGUUCGCUUUGGAGAAAAAGUUCUGAUAAUUUAGUUUCGCGCUAAUUAUUUUGAGUCUUUUUUUGUUGAAUUCACAUUAACAGCAAAAAUCUACCGAGCGGUUGUCGGACGAGGUGUUCUUUCCGGAGUUCCCAAAACUUGUCCAAAAUGUACAUGAAAAAAACAUUCGAAACAUUCCUUUAAAUUCUCAGCCCAAACCGCCGCGUCGACGAAAGCGAUUUGAUUUUAUUUUUUAGCGUUUGAGCAAAUAAAAUUUACAAUCGUGAGUAGUCGAACCUGUUUUCCAUUUUAAGGCGGUUUAAAACCACAUUUCGAAAAUUAACGUCCAAAACAACCGAUUUUUUCCUAAGAAACAAGGAAAGAAACACCGCCACCGCAGCCGCCUAGAAAGACGACAACAAAACUCGAUGAGAUUCAGUCGAAUUUACCAUCUUCGAAUGUACGAUGACCAGCAGAAACAAAAAAAAAAUCGAAUGUUUUAGCCAGAAGCAGCUAGCAUCAACUUGUAAUUGUUUUUGAGGAGAGUGCAAAUACUUUUAGGGUUAGUUUUUUAGCGAUUGAUUUGAGACGAAAACGAUGAAGUAAACAAAAAACACUCGAUUAUAUUCUGUCUACAGCUUUUCUGGUGAGCUGAAUUCAAAGCUGACACAAACAUUUGUGAACUCAAGCUAUUUGAUUGAAAAAACGUUAAUAACCGGAUAGAAGAACCCUAUUGAAAAAAGGAAGAAAAUGAAUCAAAUUAAAAAUUACACUAAAAUAAUCAAUUUGAAAAAUUCUUACUGAAAACAACUGACAACAACAGAUUAAUAACAACAAGUGGUUUAACAUACAACACAUAUGCAACAUUACAAGCAGAUUUAACAUUUUCAACAACAACAACAAGAUAAAUUGAAUCUAAGAUGUGACAACAGCAUACUUUUCUUUGUAAAUACUAUUGAAAAUGGUAAUAAAAUAUAUUUAAAAUUGA